UCUGAUGGGCGUCAACAUAAACACAUCUGUUUGUACCUUUAUUUUGAGCUGCUGGUUUUAAUUUCGGCCGUUUUGCUGCUUGCUAAACAUUAGAAAUGUAAACGUAUCGCUUCUUGCAAAUAAGGAUUGUUUGGCUUUCUCUUACCAGCCUUUACUAUGAAUAUUUGAGCUGUGGUAUCAAGAUGGAUGCUGACAAUGAAGCCAAAGGGAAGGUGAGCGACCAGGCGAUGCAAAACCCACAAGCGUUGGCAGCUCUUCAGGACAAAAUAGACAGUGUCUCACAUAGUGCUUCCAUCAUGGACAGCUUACCAAAGUCUGUGAAAAGAAGAGUCAAUGCCCUAAAGAAUCUUCAGGUUAACAGCACGCACAUCGAAGCCAAGUUUUACAAGGAGGUGCAUGAGCUGGAGAGAAAGUAUAGCGCUCUUUAUCAGCCGUUAUUUGACAAAAGAAGGAACAUUGUCUCUGGAGAAGUGGAACCCACUGAUGAGGAGUGUGAAUGGCAGAGUGACCAUGAGGAUGAAGCAGCAUUAGCAGAAGAUCUGAAGAAGAAAGCUGCUAUAGAGGAAAAGACAGAAGAUGCUAAUGAGGAGAAACCCAAAGGAGUUCCAGAGUUUUGGCUCACCAUAUUCCGAAGUGUGGACAUGUUGAGUGAUAUGCUGCAGGAGCAUGAUGAACCAAUACUUAAACAUCUUCAGGAUAUUAAAGUGAUAUUUUCUGGUCCUGAUCAACCCAUGAGCUUCACAUUAGAGUUCCGUUUUGAACCCAAUGAAUACUUCACCAACACAGUUCUCACAAAAGUAUACAAGAUGAAGUCGGAGCCAGAUGCAGAGGAUCCGUUUUCAUUCGAGGGACCGGAAAUCAUCGACUGUGAUGGGUGUGAAAUUGAUUGGCACAAAGGCAAAGAUGUGACGGUAAAAACGAUCAAGAAGAAACAGAAGCACAAAGGCAGAGGGACAGCGAGGGUCAUCACCAAACAAGUGCCCAAUGACUCCUUUUUCAACUUUUUCAACCCUAUUAAAGUUUCACCAGAUAGAGAGUUGGAUGAGGAUUCAGAGUACACUUUAGCCACAGAUUUUGAAAUCGGUCAUUUCUUCAGGGAAAGGAUCGUUCCGAGAGCAGUUUUGUAUUUCACAGGAGAAGCUCUGGAGGAUGAUGAAAGUUUUGAAGAGGAGGAACUGGAUGAGGGUGAAGAGGAGGACCCAGAUGAGGAGGAUGAGGACGAUGAAGAGGAGGGAGAUUCCAAGACUGGGAAUCCUCAGCCUGCAGAGUGCAAACAACAGUAGUUUGGAUCACUCACUCCUGCCACUGUCAAACCCCAUCAGCUCAGCUAGAAUCAGCCCUGUCGUGUGGCAUACAUUCCCUGAUGAGCACACCAUCCAACAAAACAAAACACGAUGAUGCAGUACAUUGGUAAACUACUUUUUUUUUUUUAUCCUGCAGAAUUUGCUUACUUUAAAAUCCAAUCGCUAUACAACACUAUAGAUAAAUUGGGCAAUUCCAGAUUACAGUUGGGUCUCCGAAUGUAGAUAUAUACAUAAAUAAAUGUAAAACUAUUUUUUAAUUCAUGAUUUAGACAUGUACAGACAUAAUGACUUCAGAUAUCUCAUUGCAUAGCCAAAAAAACGUUGACUUGCAGGUUUGAAACAAUCUUGCAAGCAUCGUCUUCGCAUUCUAACAGGUGAAAUGUAUAAAAUAAAUGGGAUUGUAUUCUAACUUCCUGUGCACAUCUAACCUUUGUGAAGGUUGCUUGUAUUUAACAAAUAGUUUCUCUUCUCACUUUUGAAGUGUUCUGUGUCAUGGGCAUAACCAUUUGUUUUUACACAGCAUAUCUUUAUGUACUUUUUGAACAAAACUGCAUGUUUGUGCACUUAUUUAUUUAUGGAACUGCUAGUUAGCUAGCCAGUCCAACUAAUGUAUCAGUGAUAUGUUGCAGGCAUCAGGUAAUUGUGUUUAAUCAUAUCUGGCCUCUUUGCAAUAUGGAUAUCUAACAUU